CCCUGGUAACUUGUCUGGACAUGCGAUGUCCUAGAUGCGCUGUUCGAGGUUCGUUCUAGCGUUCGAGGCUGUUGUCUGAAACCAAAGCUAUAAGCACGUGCGUUAGUGACGUUGGACAAGGGAGAAUUCCUUUCAUUGAUACCCCCACCACUGACUCAAUCCGUUCACGCCGUGCUCUCUUCUACACCACCACCACCAUGAAGAUCGCGAUACUAACGUCUGGCGGCGACAGCGCCGGCAUGAAUGCAGUCGUACGUGCUGCUGUAAAAGCUGGUAUCAUAAAAGGAUGUGAAAUGUGGGUUGUCCGGGAAGGAUAUGAAGGUCUCGUUCGAGGAAACACUGAAGACAAACCGCCUCAUAUCCAGGACACCCCACAGAUUGCCGAAGGUGUCGACGUCACUCUUGUUGAAAACCUCCGCUUUGGGGACGGGGACCUGCUGAAGAAUGGAAUGGGUGACUACUCCAAUUCCAAGGGCAGAUCAUUGAAGGGGAGAUAUAUCGUACGUGUCGGAUGGGACGACGUGAGAGCAUGGUUUGCUGAGGGAGGUACAUUAAUUGGCACGGCGCGUUCUGCUGCCUUCAGGACUCAUGAAGGCCGGAUGGAAGCGGCAUAUAACAUGAUUAAGGAAGGUAUUGACGCUCUUCUUAUCUGUGGAGGAGAUGGUUCCCUCACAGGAGCGGAUGUUUUCCGCGCUGAAUGGCCUAGUUUGGUCAGUGAACUCCAAUCUCAGUCCAAGAUCACUGAAGCUCAAGCCACAAUGCACGCCCACCUGAGGAUCGUCGGUCUUGUUGGUUCCAUUGACAAUGACAUGUCGUUGACAGAUCUGACUAUUGGGGCACCGACUGCCCUUCAUCGGAUUUGCGAGGCUAUUGACAAUAUCAACUCCACUGCUACCAGUCAUUCACGGGCCUUCGUUCUAGAAGUCAUGGGGAGACAUUGCGGUUGGUUAGCUCUUCUUGCUGGCGUCAGCGGAGGCGCUGAUUUUAUCUUCAUUCCCGAGCGACCGCCGAAAGUCACGCCUUGGGAAGACGAGAUGUGUGCCGCUAUCCAUCGUCAUCGAGAAGUCGGUAAACGAAAAACCAUUGUGAUUGUAGCAGAAGGAGCCCAUGACUGCAAUCUGAACCCCAUUCGAGCUGACUAUGUCAAAGACGUACUCAGUGAACGACUAGGACUUGAUACAAGGGUCACAACGCUUGGACAUACGCAAAGAGGUGGAAAACCGUGUGCUAUGGAUCGUAUCCUGCCUGCUCUGCAAGCUUUAGAGGCAAUCGACGCCUUGUUGGAAGCCACACCGGCAACACCGUCUUACAUGAUUGGAAUGCAAGAAAACAAGAUUUCGAGGGUACCGUUGGUCGAGGCAGUUACAAUGACCAAGGCCGUCGCUAAAUCUAUCGCGGAUAAAGAUUUCGAGACGGCUAUGUCGCUUCGAGACCCCGAGUUCCGUGAAAGUUUAGAAGGUUUCCAUGCUGUGUCUGUACUAGAUGACGAGAAGAGGUUACCUCCGGCUCAGAGGAUGCGUGUUGCUAUCUUGCAUAUGGGGGCACCCGCGGGCGGUAUGAACGCCGCUACCCGUGCUGCGGUCAGAUACUGUAUUCGUCAAGGACACACACCCUUUGCGAUCAACAAUGGCUUCCGUGGUCUUCUUGAUGACAAUAUCUCGGAAAUGUCGUGGCUUGGCGUCGAUUCUUGGAUGGCCCGAGGAGGUUCCGAACUGGGGACAAAUCGAGCAUUGCCAUCUAUCGAUCUGGGAGCGGUUGCAGCAAAGUUCCAGGAGUAUUCGUUCCAUGCUUUCAUGAUGAUCGGAGGAUUUGAGGCUUUCAGUGCAUUACUGAUUUUAGAGGAAGAGAGGAAGCACUAUCCCGCUUUUCAUAUUCCAUUGGUACAUCUUCCGGCCACAAUCAGCAACAAUGUCCCAAUGACAGACUACAGUUUGGGGAGUGACACGAGCUUGAACGCUUUAGUGGAUGCAUGUGAUGCCAUCAAGCAAAGCGCUAGCGCCAGCCGUAACAGAGUGUUUGUGGUGGAAACUCAGGGAGGGAACUGCGGAUACAUUGCCACCAUGGGUGCAUUGGCGGUAGGAGCUUCUCUCGUGUAUACUCCGGAACAAGGCAUAUCCCUCGACACUCUAAGACGCGACGUGAGAUAUUUGAAAAUGAGGUAUAGCCUUGAUGUCAAGGGAAAAAGCGAAGGGCGCCUUGUGAUUCGGAACGAGGCCGCGUCUCAGGUAUACACUACAGAUGUAAUAACAAAAAUGUUCAAGGAGGAAGGUCGUGACCUAUUUGAUUCCCGGUCUGCUUCCCUAGGACAUACGUUGCAAGGUGGCAUACCAUCUCCUACAGACCGGGCGCGCGCGGUCCGUCUUUCUCUGAAAUGCAUGGCCUUUCUGGAAAGAGAGCACGACAAGCUGUUGCAGCAGCAUCCCAAGACGAGACACGCAAGUCCCGAUUCGGCUGCCGUCAUUACGAUUCAAUCCAGUUCGAUCAAAUGGGUACCUGUGCAAGAUAUGGUGCAGCACGCCGACAUGAAAAAUCGUCGUGGAAAGAAUCCGUGGUGGGCAUCGACGAAGGAGCUGGUAGAAGCACUUGCAGGCCGGCCCCAAAUCGUGAAGCUUCAUGAUUGGGAUCUAAUUGGAUGAAUGUAUGUUAGAAUAGAAUGUUUACUACAACACAAGUAUUUAGUUUUAUUCAUCUUUGCCGACUAGAAGUUAUAAUAGCACGAUGAUCCUUACUCCCAGUUGUUCUACUCUACCUGUUGCCCACUGCCUAUUGAGGCUGGUCAAUAAUUGGCGGGGAAUGAGCGAG